AUAAAACAAGCAUCCGUGUUAGAAGUUACUUCUUUGCACAAAUGCAGAAAGGACGUUUAUACAGAUACAGUGCAGAUGCGGCCGGUCGCAGUUUCACAAGACGCGCUAUACUAAGUUUUUGUCUUCCUCUGAAUGGCGAGAAAUGACACACAGGGCUUCUUGUGUAAAAUAAACUGCAAGCUGGACUCGUUCCUCAAGAGGAAUCUCGAGCAGAACGUGUACGAUAGAGUCCGAGCCUGCGAAGCGUGCGUGGUCAUCUCUGAGACCGUCAAGAAAGUGUUCAUGUACGUGGUACUGAGUGACCACUGCAUUUAUUUAACAGAAAACCCACCCAAAACUAUACAAGCAGCUGUGCACUUCAAGGACAUCUCCGGGAUCGAGCUGGUAAACGACUUCCCAGAUUUUUUAAGCAGGAGGGAUCGGGAGAGCGCCCAGCACAUCCGUAUCCUCUAUACCUCGACCGCUCCUCUCAAGAAACUGGAUAGGAAGGGCCAGGGAGGAGGGACACUGCUGCUGCCAGACAGAACUACCAGGAGCUCAUCCCUUCAACUGCACGUGAAUAGCAGCAGACUCUUCAGUGCUCGAUCUUCACCUGUGACAAGCACAAAGAUCAGCAGGCGUGCCACCACCUCUGCACUAAGGGGCACCGCGGAGACCGAAGACUUCAGGGUGAAGCAAAGCAGAUCCUCCUCUGACCUGAAGGGCCUGAGUCUGUGUGACAGCAGGGAUCCUCCGGCCCACCCCCGCCCCCGGCCCCUUCCCAGGCCCCCGUCCGCAGCGUCGCUGUCGUCCUGCCUCUCCACCCUGGCACUGAGCUCUCCUCCUGGGCCAGCCAGUGGCCAUGCUCUCCACACGCGCUCCUCCUCCGUCCUCACCGACUGGGGCCAGCAGGCAGAAGCGAGCGAGCCGCAGGCUGCAGGGGAGCUGCACCUGUAUGUAGUGUCCAAGUCCUCGCCCAUAUUCCUGCACUUAAAGAACUCCUGGAACAAUUACAUUAUACAGUCCACUCUAAUGCAAGAUCCGCAGUACAGCAAGAAGUUCAGGGUUCAAUCGACCUCCCCAGGCCAGGGCCAGAGAACAUGUAGCUCUGAGCAGACGGUGAAGUUGUUCAGUCAGCUGACCUGCGAGCUGUUUCAGGAGGACAGCACGCUGGAGGAGACGUACUCCCUAGUGCAGGAGCUGAAGACAGCGGCUCAGAGGAACUUCACGCUGAAGAGGCUCUUCUGGAAAUCCAAUGAUCUGUUUCCUUUCCUGAUCAAGAAACUUUCUGAUUACUUGCCAAAGUCUCAAAAUGUACCUGGACAACCCGACCAGGGCCACAAAGCUGACAAGUUAGUGGUCUGUAUAAUGAUUGCGCAGACUCUGGCACUGAUGUUUAGAGAGACAGAGACUGAGCCGUCUCGGACCGGCAUCCUUACAGCUAAACGGGGAGCAGUAACACGGACCCUGUUAAUGACUUUGGUCAGGGAACCCCAGAUUCAUAACGCAACAUCCAGGUCUGACACUGUGAGGGUGGCUAAUUCUGUACCAGUGGACAGGGGCGCAGAUACGGAGGUACAAAAGCUGAUAACAGAGUACAUUGAAGCAGUGACUGCUGUUCUGUAUGAGAUCAUUCUCCUCGCACAUCAGGGAAACCUAACGUCAGAUUGCGGCCCGUUCAUGACGGUGGGAUGGGUCAUGACGGUACUGCAGGGACUGCCCUCCGUGGUGUCCUUCGUUGGCAGUGUAGUGAAAGCUGUGAUCUCGGUGCUGUCUCCAGCCCUGCCUCUGCUCAGUCCCAGCCAGGCUGUGCUCUUAUACCAGCAGCUCUACAUCCUCAGCUCCUGCAUUCAGUACAGCAGCAGCUUAGCCGAGGACAUCCGGACCAAGUACAGGGAGGAGUUCAGGUACUACAUCCAGACCCCAUCUGUAGAGGAGAGGUUCCCUUUGUGCUACCCCAUCACCCAGCCCACUGUCAGACUCCUCGCCCAUGUGCUGGAGCUGGUGGAACACAAACCUGCCCCACAGCUCUGAACACAAGGGCAGGAGCAGUCUACUUGGGGGAGUACCAGCUUACCUUAAAUAGAACACAUCAGUUAUUAUUGUGAAUAUAUGCAAUUCCGAACACUUAUUUUAUUUAUUUAUAUGUCCGAACCAUAUGUGUGUGUGUAUGUAUAUAUUAUGGGUAAUCGAGAUAUGCAAAUGUCAGCAUUACAAGAGCCAAUCAAAUUGCGUGAAAGUCGCCAAAAAGUUUCUACAUUCACAGCUUUUUAAAAGUCACAGUACAGUAUCUGCAGACAUGUUUCGCCCCGUUUGGGGCUCAUCAGUGCAGCGUAACUGUACUUUAACUAGUGAAAAGCGCAGGAGAGUAAGUAAAUACAAUUAGCUUUUGAGUUAAAGUGGGAGAAAGCAGUAAUCCUGAAUACCCAUAAUUCUAUAGUUACUGCUUUCUCCCACCUUAACUCAACAGCUACUUGUGUGUGUGUGUGUGUAUAUAUACAUUGUUUUUAUAUAUAUGUCAUUGUUUUUAAAGUAUUUUUAUUACCUAAUGUUCUGAUAAAAUGGUAUUGCCUUUUUUAUACAUUCUCAGAUGAAUGUAUUGCAAAGCAUUGCUUUUAAAUCCAUUGUCUUGCCUCUUAUUAGCACCAGCAACCCAAUCGCUGUGCCCCUCCUUUCUUGUGUGGAAAAUCUUUAUAGUCUUUGCUUGUGUAGAUUUGUUAUAUUGGGGGAUAUGCCUUUAUAAAAGUCCCAGCUGCUUCCUGGUUCCUAAUCAUGUGUAGUUCAAAUGCAUUCCAAUGGUCUAGCUGCAAUCAGACCAUGUGAUCUACAUAGGGUCACCAGGCAACCUGGAAAAACUGAUAUUGUCCCAGUUUUCAGCCUUAAUUUUUUGUUCCGGUUAGAAAAAGUCAUAAAGAUCUAAAUAACAACAUUGGCCGAGCGAUGACGACAUUGCCCAGUACUAGGUGGUCAAUGUUGAAACAAUUGUAAAUACAACUACUAAAAUAUACUGGAGGUUAAAAAAAUAAAAUAAGCAACCCCUCUAUAUUUUAGAAUACUUCAUUGCCUUAUUCAACAUGUAUUCAAUAUUUAAGAGAACCAACUAUACAGAUUUAAAUUAACAACAAUUCAGACGCUAUUUUAGAAACUAGCAACAUCAAUUUAUAACAAACAGCCGUAAAUCAAAUACUUUCUCAAUUAUUAUUUCUAAAUAAGAGAAGACCAAUAACAGAGAGAUACAGUAUACACCUCACUGAAAAUAGAAGAAUUGCUACUACCAAAUAUGAAAUGGGAAAAUUAAUCAAACUCAAAUUUAUGCUCGGAAUGAAAAGAAAGAGAAAAGGAACAAAAACAUGUAUAUGCUUUGAAACACAAAACCAGUAAAACGAUAAAAACAAACAGGUUACUAGCAGAUUGGAAAAAAAAAAAAAAGUCCAGAAAAUCAAAAUGCUGUACACAGUCUUUGUUUUAAAUCCCGAAAUAUCCAAUCCCUCAAAUAUAUUUUUAAUCCCAAAAAUAAAAGGAUACAUUCCUAAUAGAAAACCAAACAAUAGGCCAGAGAGAAACAGUAAAAUCAGCUAAUCUUUUUUUUCUUUCUGUGUACCCUUUUCUUAAAAAAUAGUUUUGCCUGGCCAGGCUUACAGCUGCUAAAAAUAAGACUACUAUAACAACUUAUUGUCCCAAGUUAUGAGGCUAAUGUCCGAAGUACUCUACAGGCUGUGUGGUCCAGUGGUUAAAGAAAAGGGCUUGUAACCAGGAGGUCCCCGUUUCAAAUCCCACCUCAACCACUGACUCAUUGUGUGACCCUGAGCAAGUCAUUUAACCUCCUUGUGCUCCGUCUUUCGGGUGAGACGUAGUUGUAAGUGACUCUGCAGCUGAUGCAUUGUUCACACACCCUAGUCUCUGUAAGCCUUGGAUAAAGGCGUCUGCUAAAUAAACAAAUAAUAAUGUUAAGAAAACAACAUCGCCCAAAAUGUACAGCUAUUGAUGUCAUUGACACUGUUGUCAGAGCCCAAGAGCAACAGCCAAUGACAGCAUUGGCCGGUCAUUUAUAUCAUUGGCUGAUUUUCGGACUUUGGCCAUGACAUAUAUGUACAGUGUAUGUCACAUGAUUAAAUGGUAAUAGCUGAUCUAAAAUAUCCCAGUUUUUCACUCUGGUAAAUUGGCAACCCUUGCCCUCCUGCUUAGAAACCAGUAUGCUGUGGUUUAUCUGCAGAGCUGUGUUUGAAAUAUCGCAUGUUCUGGGUUCAUGUAAAACAAGAAGACACCUGAAAAAACUAAAGAUUUUGAUCACUAUGAAAGAGGGCCCAGUAAUAAUGUUAAUGGAGCUACCAAGGGGCAUUGCAAUUGAUUUGAAAACAUUGCUUAGCACUCCUUCAAUAAGGAAACUCGCUAUGCACAAAAAUGUUAGAGUAAUGAAGGAGUACUGUAUGUUUACAAACUGAGAUUAAAACUAACGUCUGUUACAAAGGUAUAUGACGGAACCCCACGGUAUAUCACAGCAGAAUAGUACAGUAAAGCAAGGAAACUACAGCACAGUACAUACUGCAAAAUUAUUUGUCAACUGACUGAGUGAGAUUGGACCAUAUGGUCCAUAUGGCAUAAUAGGAUAUCAAAACCUUGGUUACCAUUUCAUAAAAAAUGUUUAAACAAAACAGGCAUUUGACAAUAUACUUUUAU